GAGAAGAAACACAAAGUGGCAUGGCUUCCAAAAAGAAAUCUGUGUGGAAAUACGAACCACAAAUGUCAUUUAUUAUACCAUAUUUAGAAAGCAGAAAGACGCAUAGUAACUUAAACGAAUCUCAGACAUCUGCAAAUUUGAUCAAUGAGCCAGAUGAUUUGUCAGAGGGGACCGAAGACGAAAAUAUACAGUCCGAACAAGCACAGAUACACAGAGAAACGCAAAAUGAACGAAGUAUUGAAGUUAACCAAGAUGAAGCAACAUUCAGCAAUGCUGCGGUAGAUGAAACAUAUUAUAAACACAUGAAACGUAACAAAAAACAAAAAACUAACAAUCCAGCACAACAGCUAGUUGAAAUUCUAAAAGAAAAUUCUACUCGUAGAAAACGUCAGUAUGAAGAAAAGUGUGUCAGCGAAGGACAUAAAAUAACUAACCAAUUUGAAAAUCUGGAUAUGUACAUGUUUUUCCUGAGUAUGUCAAAAAUGACAAAACAAUUACCAAAAUUUGAACAGGCUCAAAUUAAUCUUGCAUUAAGUAACUCAGUAUUAUCAGUAUUAUUAGUUUUUUAUUUUCUUCAUCCAAAACUGCAACAACAGCUGCAGUUUCUAAUUCUUCUUCAAACUCUGAACUACUUGAAGUUCAUAUUUCCAUUUUAA